CGGUGCGAUGUGAUUUGAGAAAGUUAUUUUUCGCGUUUUCGGUAUCAAAAUUGAUUCAGAAGUGCAAUCUUGUUGUAUAAAUCCGUGCAGCUAUCGCGCGUGAAUGUAAAUCUUUCGAAAGUCCGAGGUUUGGUAGAUGCGCCUAUGCGAAAAUGGUACUUAACAUUUGCGAUUGCACAUUCUGGACAAAAGCGGCAUCUCAGUCUUUUUGAUAGUGCUGCAAAGUGGUGUGCGUGUGUUUUAUUGCGCAUUCGAUAGAACUCCGAACCCGAAAAUAAUCACCAAGAUAAGCGACACUGGCAGCACUGUGAAGUGCAACUCUCCGGAACAUCGCGAGGUGAGAAAACUUCACUUUACGGCCCAGAAGUGACAGACGGAGAAAACAACAAUGGUGGCCAUCGUGGAGCAAUAAGUUUUAAUUUUCUCAAUAUACUUUCCAAGUAUUGCCGUGCCUGGCCGCCGAGAAAAACUAAAUUUUAAUCUGUACUGCGUGUUAAACAUUUGCUAGUUCUCAAAAUAAAGUGCAGUGUGAAGGUAACCAUGGAUUUCGAAGAGGAUUCUUCAAAUACACGGGAGGCAUCCUGCACCCCACCACUGCCGACGACGGAUUUGACGCCCAACGAAAUAAUGAAAUUCGGCCCAGGGGGUGACGAUUUGCGAACUCCGGAAAGAGUAUCCACUCCUACGGCGGACAACGAAGAUGCCGUGGACGAACCUAUGCUGGAAUCGGUUGUUACGAAAGUCGUUCAGCAGCCAGAAUCGAAGGACGUAGAGCGCCCUUCCACUACUUUGGAGGAAGACAAAAAUGGCGAUCAGAAUACGAUUGAGAAAGGUGCCUCCAAGGGGGAGAAGUCUACAGUGGAGACGGCAGAGAAAAAUUCGUCGCCCAAGCACCCAGCAACCACGGACGAAGAGAAGCGAGCUGAAAAAUUGUCAACUAAACCUGAUAAAUCCCGUAAGUCACCGGCAAAGGACACACCCGAACGCAAGUCAGACCAGACGGAACCGGAUCGGUCCAAGCACAUUAAAAGCAAGGACCGGGAACAGGAACGUAGCAAAACCAGGGGCAAAACAAAGGAAAAGGAUCAAGAUAAAGAGAAAGAGAAGGAUAAGAAGGCGAAGCACAAAGAUCGUGACGGAGAUCGUUCGAAGGAGCGCGAAAAAAAUAAGGAAAAAGUAAAGGAUAGAAAAAGCGCUGUCAGGGACAGCGAUAAGCGUAAGGACCGUAAAGAUCGAAGUCUUUCAAGGGACGAUCGUAAAAAACGUGCAGAAUCCAAAUCAAAAUCAGUACGUAGUAAAGUGGAUGUUCCUAAAGGUGCUGCCACCGAUGGAAGGAAGAAGAGCGAGGAACGAUAUAAACGGAAUAAGAACAGAAAAUCCCGAUCCAGGGAGCGUGACAAAAAGAAGCGAGAUGAUAAUAGGGGAUUCUCUUCUUCAAUUGGGAAGGCUAGGGAUCUGGAUCGUAAAAAAAGUAUGCCCAGGCAAAUGUCCGAAGAAGGGUCAUUGGAUGUGCGUUCUAAGGAUAGGCUCUCGGGUGGAUCUGUGGAUCAAUUUGGACGAUCUGAUACUCGCCGCAAUCGUAGUAUCACCCCUGCAAAGAAGCGUAACGAACUGUCUCCCGUGUUCCUGUCAGUAAUCAAGUAUACAUCUAGUCUUCCGGUAAUCGGUUGGCGAGAACGGAUUGUUAGCAAGACUCCAAUUCGUCCGAUUCCUAUAACGCCGGCAAUUGCGGCACUGCAAGCCUGCGACGAUGAUAAUAACUCGUCAGACACGGAAAAUGAACAGGUUUCAAAGAAGAAAUCUUCGUCCGUUGCGAAGAAAUCAAAGAAAAAGAAAAAUCAUUCAGAUAAGGUCAAAAGCAAAAGUAAGGAUAAAGAAGACGUGAAAAAGUCGAAAAAUGGUUCCACUCAAAAGAAGAAACCCAAAGAGAAGCGCAAGGAAGUGAAGAAACGGAAGAAAUCCCCAGCGGAAAAGAAGAAGAAAAAAGAGAAGACAAAGAAAUUGGAGGAAGUUCACACGGAACAUAGUUCCGACACGGAAAUGGAUGUUCCACUGCCAGAGGUGGAACCGGACGUGGCAGAAGAGGAAGAACAGAUUAUCAAACGGAUAAAAUUAGAGAUGCUGGACGAAAGGGAUGAGCUACAGUUCCAGAAGAUCGAAAUCGAUUACAGUAUCGUUAAACAGGAACCUCUGACAGACGAAGAGAAGGAAAAAGAGAUUGGAAAUGAAAAGGAAGUCUUCCUGACAACUGUGAGCGAACCUGACGUAGAAGUGCCAACUGAAAUAGUGCCGGAAACAGUUGCAAUUCCUGAAGCAGACAAAAGUCUAGAACCAAAAGAUUCGUCUUUAGGGUUCCGACCCAAAUUCAGUUGUUCUUUCUUGGAUGAUUUGAGUAAGACAUCUAUCACUACGGAAUCCAUCGGUAAUUUAGAAAAGCUGGAACUGGAAGAUCGCAACCGAAGGGAAACCGAUUCUCCAGAUACCGAUGAUUACGCUUCUAACUGGGAGAAUGAUGAGUUUAGCCCGCUGAUAGCCAACAGUAAAACGUCAGUAGGAAGUCCGACCAAGGAUUUGGGAAAAACUUCCACUGCGGAUGAUGAUGGCAAACGUGCGAGAUUAAUUCCGAAGAGCAGUCAUGAGCAAAUUAUUCCUCUGGAUGAUUUGCUAAACAUACAAAGUCAGUUGCAAUCUAUGAAAUCGAAAAUGGAGCAAGCGGAACAAGCGGAAAAUGCUGCCAAAUUAGAAGAAGCCAAGUUACCCGCUAUUGUUGGAGACAAUGUUCCGGAAAAGCUUGCCAGUGAGUACGAAAACUUCAUCCAGUUAUUAGAUCCACAAAAGGAAACGAAUCUAACUGGAGCCGACAAAGCAGAAAUAAACGAUAUCGCAGCUGAAAAGAAGAAACCGGGGAAACGAAGAGCUUCCUCCAGCACAACAACAAGCACCAGUAGUACGUCUGAGAGUUCCAGUUCAAGUUCUGAUUCCAGUUCGUCAAGCUCGUCCUCAAGUUCCAGUUCCAGUUCGUCCGACUCUUCAUCCGAUAGUUCUGAUGAAGAGAAGGUUGAAAAUAAGAAGAAAAAGAAGCUAAUUAUUGUCAAGAAGAAAAAGAAGAAGCUCAUCAAACCGAUAAUUCCACUUGAAGACAUUGAAACACUGGCCAGUGAGCUGCUCCAGCCGGAUGAGGAUAGCGAAAUGGGCCCGGAGCCUGAACCUGAACAUAAACCCGAGACGGUACCGGAGUUUACGCCUCCAAAGCCACAACCACUUAUCAUUCCGGAACAUCUGCUGUUGAAGGUGAAAACACCAAUGAUCCCACUAGGGGCACCUUCCAAGAUCUAUAACAUUCGGGAUGAUUCUAUGGUAGAAUCAAUCAGUAGUCAAGAGUCGAUCAGUAGUGCUAUUAAACCGUUAAAUCCUGAUCGUAGUUCACCCUUCAAACUUAAACUCCCGAUUAAAAACAAAAUUAUUCCUGCGGUUAAUACAUCUGCCUUGUUGGGUCCUGAAGACGAGGAAGAAACUGCAGAACAGAUUAAAGAAGGUUCUGUCAAACCUCCGGAACCAAACAGGGAGAAAUCUCGAUCGAAAGAGGAUCAUCACGAACGCAGACGCUCUCGAGAGCGAAAGUCUAAAGAUCGUAGUCCUAAGCGAGUGCGGGAUAGAAGCGCUGCUCCGAAGAAGCGGCGUUCGAAAGAUCGUCGAAGUCGUAGCAAAUCCAAGGAACGAAGUCCUGGUAGGAAGCUAGUCGCUCAGGAUAGAGAUCGAGAACGAAGGAAAGAUCGAGCCCAUCAGUCGCGAAAUCCACCGCUGCGGAGAAUUAGAAGUCCACCGCCAUCGCGACGUCGGCGAACACGCUCCAGGUCACGUAGCCUAAGUCCCGCAUUGUUGCGGAGACCUCCUAGCCCGCCUGCAGAACGAAGUCCUCGAAGGUAUUCAGCCGAUCGCGAGUGGAGGCGUUCCAGAUCGCCCUACUAUCAGCGACCUCCAUCACCGAAGGAGAAGCCACCUACCGAGAAUCAAAUCGAUGUGGUCACCAGCUCCGGUGCCGGGCCUUUUCCUUCUCCCGAUGAUCAAUCCCCUGUCACAGGCUACAAGAAAAGCUUGGCUGACUCAACCAUUAGCGAUGCUGAGUUGGAAAAUCAGAAACGAAAAACUCCAGUAUUCAGUGAAAGUUCUGCUUAUAAUAAUGUGUACUCCAAAACGUACGGUUUCUACGAUCCCCAAGACAUGGUACUAGAAGGACCAGAAGGUGGAGAUUCUCCCAAACGAAUACCGCUGGACGAUCGAAUCAACAUCGUGUUAGGAAUGAAUGGCACUGAAAUACCCAAACGGAUUGAAACUACUUCUCAACCACCACCUGCUGACAACUACGGUGACUAUCAACCGAUUCAAACUGUGCACCAUGACAUACGACAAUCGCCUCAGCAGCAGCAGCAGCAGCAACAUCAACAUUACCCAACUCCGUUCCCCGGAACUAUAAACACCCCUCACCCAAUGGGACAUCCACCCCAUCCACAACAUUUCCCAUCUAACUAUCCUCAAGAAUAUCAUCACGGUGUUCCACCAGGACCGCAAGCACCUCACGGCCCACCUGGUUACGGUUUCAAUCAAGGCCCACGUCCUCCAUUCUAUCCAGGGCCUCGUGGACCUCAACAAAAUUGGCAGCGUGGCCCGCAUCCUCCAAUGCAACCUAUUCCUUCGCACGUCAACCUCUAUCAAAACAAUAUGUACCAUCAUAAUCCAAACGUCUCAACUCCACCUCCGCCACUUCCGGUAGAACAAUCCACAAAAAGCCUAGUCAAACAGGUAGGCAACAUGCUUGAGAUCGUUCCAACCGCUGUUCCCUCACAAGCACAACCCGUUAAGAUUACUCCCCCUCCAACUCCAGUGGAACCUCCUUCACUUCCAUCCUCUUCCUUCGCCGUUCAACCAUCACCUUCAGCUACCCCCUUAACGCUACCACUACCGACAUCUCUUAUCCUUGUCACUCCCAAGAUCCUUACAGCCGAGGAACUGAAACUCCGCCAUGAACGAAGACUCGAGCUGAAGAAGAAAAUUCGCAUCGAACGGGAGAAGAAACGCAUGGAGAAGAAGAUGCGUAAAGAAAAGCUCAAAAUGGAGGUCAAGCGGUUGCUAGCGGACACUGCCUCUGUCGCAAAUGUUUCCUCUUCCGAUGAGGACUUCGACGCCGUCAAACAUCAGGAAUUGAUCUCUUCGCUGAAUCGAGUCUACGACAAGAGUAUUCUACGAACCAAGACCGGUGCAUGCGUCGCUAGGAAAAAGGUUUUGUUCGCGGAUGGCGUAGCACCUGGUGACGAAUCAUCUUCUUCGGGUGCUGAAGCACUUCGGUCGCCCGCCAAAAUUUCCGCAUCGAAGACUCGCAAGAGACUGCGCCGGAAACGGACAUUGAAAGCAACCGGUAAGAAGCGUCUGAUCGAUCGGUUGAAGCUACCGGAUAUUAAUCUCGAAGAAAAAGAACAAGUUGAUCCAGAGCUGGAAAGCAUGCCACCUCCUCCGCCCCCACCCGGUUCACCGCCACCCGAGCGCCCGCAGCCUCGCUGCGUUAAUCCACCCCCGGUGCAGAUGAUUGACUUUCGCGACGCUCCGCCGAUGCUGCCAUUUCGUCCUUCUAGCAGCAAUUCUACACCUUCGGGUACGCCUUCUAGUGGUGGCUCUAGCAUGCCGCCUUCAGCGUAUCCUCCAGCGACACCACCAUCAAAUGGUGGCAAUAAUUCUACUCUUAAUCCGAAUCACAAUAUGAACAGUCACGGUGGACCACCUCCUGCAUCCGGUGCCGGUUCCGGUAUGUACCGACCGGUGCCCAUGCCUCCGAAUAUUCUGCCUCAUAUGCGAUCGCAUCAUCACCACAGUCACCAUUAUCAUCAGCACCAUUCGUCGCCACUGCCAUCGCAUCCUCAUCUACCACCGCAACAGCCCGGAAUGCCCGGGUUAUCCCCGAGUGGCUUGAUGAAGAAACCCCGUCGAGACGGAUAUCGAAGUGGUCCACAUCCACCGCUAUCGGAAUCCACUCAUCCGAUCGAAACGAUCGGAACCUCUGGUCCCUCUUCUAUGCGACACUCCGUGUACGAAGCGUCGCAUUGAAAAUGUUCACAAGAUAAAAGGGAAUGCAUCUGGAGGCAUGAGAAACUAGCAAACUCAACAAUAGUAAUAUAUUAUAAAAUUUAGAAAAUAAGAAUAUCCAAGGUUAUAUCCAGCUGAGAAUGGAUAAUAAACCAUUACAUAGGAAUGAAUAAUUCUUAAACAUAAACUAAGCUAGAAGCCUGCAUUGCAAUUAUUCUGAAUUACAUUAGAAGGCGCGUAAUUUCAACUUCGCGUGCGAAGAAUUCUUUUAGGCAUAAUAAAAAAAAUUAAAAUAAUUAUUGUCGU